AUGUCCACACCAACACAACCUCCACCGCACCAGGACUGCAACCCACGGGGAACUCAACGAUGGGCCGGCCACCUAGUAGAUCAUGAGGAACCAAAGGAGAGGGGGUCUUGCGGCGACGCCUCCAAGAAGCGAGCCCCAUCUUCUUCUUAUCCAGAUGAGCGCCUCUAUUUUCCCUGCCCGGCCAAAAAUCAGAGCGCCACCGCCCUGGCCGAAAACGCCGCCGCCGGCGCUGACCUAUCCUUGGUGUUGCUCCCCCUGACCUUCAGCUCCUCCAUACCGCGCUCGCCUGCUGCGCCCUCUGCCGGCUCCCGCACGCCGCCCUGGCCGACAGCGCCCCACGCGCCUGCCUGUCGUGUCCUCUGCCAGCUCCCGCAGGCCGCCCUUGCCGGCAACGCCCUGCGCGCCCUUCGCUGGCUCCGCCACGCGCGCCCUCCGUCUCGCCCGCGCCGGCGGAGGAGGGAGCCGUGGCCCCUGGCCGUGUCGAGCCGUGGCCCCUGGCCCCUGGCCGUGGGAGCACGGGGCCAUCUCAUCCGUCCCCGGCUCGCCCGCGACGAAGAACGGAGAGGAGGCACGGUAGCGGGAGGGGGAAUCACGUUUUGGAGGCGGCCCGUCCAUCGAUUCGCCUGGGAGGCGCCGCCGCUUCGCGACCCGGCCUUGGUGAUAUUGGUGGUUGCCGGUGGGGCGCACAGGGGCACUAUCGGCGUCCCCCGCCGAUGGGGAGCACAGGGACCAUUGCAUCCAUCCCCGAAUCGCCCACGAGGAAGAACAGAGAGGAGGCACCCAGGGGUGAGCCUAUGGACGGAUGGAUGGCUGCAGAAACCUGUCGACAGCCUCAUGCAGAUCCCGGAUAAGAUUCAGAACUCUCUCAAGCUGCAUUUGAGGCGUUUCUUGAAGACGGGCGGCGGUGGUGAUGUCAAGGCUCAAAUGUCGUCAGGGAAUGUUAGGGGAGAAAUGACCCUAGUUGGACUGAUCAUCAUCCAGAAAUGAAGGUCACUGUACCACAAGGCUCUCUUUGCAACCUUAAUUUGAGAUUUGAGGCAGGGUUACCACCGGAUGCAGUUUACAACAUUAUAAUUGAUCCGGAGAACAAAAGGGUGUUUAAAAAUAUCAAGAAGAGAGUGGCGAUAUUAAGGAACGGUGGCGACAGAAAAGAAAAUCUGGGCGACAUGAAAAUUCUCUUAGGGCGGCAAGACAAGAAGUAUAAACUGCGAAACCUGGAUGGAGUCAUUGUUUACAACCAAGAUAGUGUGUAUGUUACAAUCUCGUUGUUGAUAGUGUAGUGUUUGUUGAGUUUUGGAUUAUUAACAGCAGUAUAUGUGUUAUUAAUAAUAAUAUCAUGUUCCCUGUGUUGUCA